AUGGCAUCAGACAACGAGUUGGAGGAAGUGACAGAGCCCGAGGCAACAGAGGCGCAUGAGACACGCGCGAGCCAGGGCAACCACGCGUCAGACACGGCUCGCGUGCAACAAGCAGCCCGUGACACAAACGAGGUCCACCAACCUGUCUUCCGCCUCUUUGAUCUCCCACCCGAGAUCCGAGCAAUCAUCUUCGGUUUCGCCUGCACUGAGGAGCCCGACGUCAAGCUUCCUGGCCCACUACCGACCGGCAUAGACAGCCUCAUGCUUUCCUUGGGGGGCCCCCACUUGAGGGCUGAAGUCGCUGAGGCAAGAUUCAAGAAGACGGCCAUCCCUGGCAUCCGUCGCCUGACCAUCAACUUCGAGCUGACGGACAAGACCUGGUUUGACCUUGACAGCGAUGUACGCCAGACCCUGGCGUGGAUGUGGCAGAGGAGCAAACGUGGUAACCAAGCGCGAUACCCUUGGUAUCUGGAGCAUCUAAGGCUUCGCGGAAUCAGGUACGAUGAUUCUUCCGCACUUGCUGACGGCGGGGGAAAGUGGUACUUUGCGUAUCCGUAUCCCAAGCCCAGCUGUACGCACUGGUCUCAAGACUUCUCGCUCCAGAGGCUCAGAAGAGAUGGUAUCACAGUGGAUGUCGAGGUGGAGCAUAAUCCCUUCCCUAGGUAG